UAUCGCCUGCAGCAGAGAGACAGUGUUUCCAGCGUUUUUAAGCCUUGGAGUAUCUUUGUCCUUUUACAUAAAAGAUGAAAAUGCACGCAACGCCUGAAGUCUUUUUUGUCAGCUAUCUGUCUAGCAUGGUCCAGAACGCUUGUGCGAGGACAGAAUAGUAAAAGGACAGUUACACAGCGGGCUAGAACCAGAACCACUGUCGACCACACACUGCGACCACGACAAGAACAUCAUGGACCAACAAAGGCAAGCAGACCGAACUGGAGAUUAUGAGGUCAUGUCACAAGUUGCAGGGUCCAAGUCAUCUGGAAGAUCAAGUAGGUCCUCAGCCAGUGCAGCAGCUACCAAGGCAAAAGCUAAGGCAGAGGCGGCCCUGGUAGAAGCCAAGUAUGCAGCUCAAGAAGCGGAGAUGAUGAAAGAAAAAGCCCGCAUUGAAGCUGAAAAUCAAAAAACGUUAGCUGAAGCAGAACAGCGCAAAGCGGAGUUGGAAGCGAAUCUGUAUGUCCUAAAAGUAAACAGGAGCGCUAAAGCAGCCUCAGCAGAAGCAGCAGUCUAUGAAGCCGCAGCAGCAAUAGAGCCAGACACACUGGAAGGAAUAUCCCAAAUAUAUCCUGAGGAUCACACUCAACGCACAAAUGAGUAUGUGCAGGCCCACUACGUGACACCAAACGCUCAGCAGCAAGCUCCGGUCUCACAGGAAUCACCUGCCUUGCCUAUGAGUGCAGAACGAGCACACCCCGACCCAAUUCAGUGGUAUCCAGUUCAUGAUCAGGAGCCCCGUUUAUCUAAGCUCUGCAUUAAAGAUGAGGGAAUGCCUGGUGCACAAAACAGAGGCUACUCACCUUGGGUUCCUGCUCCAAUGUCUCACUCAUCCAGUCUUAGAGAUUACGCGUGUGAACCAGCACAAAUAACGGAUCUCACCAAAUAUCUUGUAAGAAGAGAGAUGGUAAGCUCAGGGCUACUGAAAUUUGACGACCGUCCAGAAAACUACUGGGCCUGGAAAACGUCCUUCCAAGACAUUACUGGAGAGCUCAACUUAACAGCACGAGAGGAACUUGACCUACUGAUAAAGUGGCUCGGUCCAAACUCAUCUCCACAAGCCAUGCGAAUCAGGUCAGUCCAUGUCCACAAUCCAACAUCAGGUGUCGCUAUGGUGUGGCAAAGGCUAGAUGAUACAUAUGGCUCCCCUGAGAUCAUAGAGAAUGCACUUCUGCUAAAGCUAGAGACUUUUCCAAAAAUAUCUAACAAAGACAACCAGUGUCUUAGGGAACUGGGGGAUAUUUUAAUGGAGGUUCAGGCAGCUAAGUCAGGUGGAAAAUUACCAGGUUUAGCCUACCUUGACACAGCUAGGGGGGUUAACCCAAUUGUGGAAAAGCUUCCCUAUGGCUUACAAGAACGCUGGAUUACACAGGGCUCUAAGUACAAGGAAGAACAUAAUGUUCCCUUUCCACCCUUCAGCUACUUUGUAAGUUUCAUAUGCAGUCAAGCAAAAACCCGUAAUGAUCCAAGUUUUGUGUUCUCUACAUGCAGUACUAACACCCAUGUAAAGCCAGAGAAACCGCUAAGACACAACAAUUACAAAACAGUGUCAGUGAGAAAAACUGAAGUUGCAGUUGCACCUGCGCUCCACAAUAGUGCAUCAGUAAAGAAAAUAGAGGAGCCGGCAGAGCGGUGUCCUAUUCACAGUAAGCCGCACCCCUUGGCAAAAUGUCGAGGGUUUAGAGUCAAACACUUAGAUGAUAGAAAAGCUUAUCUAAGAGAAAACUCUAUCUGUUAUCGUUGUUGUGCAUCCACUAAGCACUUGGCCAAAGACUGUAAAGUUGCCGUGAAGUGCAAAGAGUGCAAUAGCGACAAGCACCUUACUGCUUUACAUCCUGGCCCAGCUCCUUGGGUUACAGAGGUUGAAACGACACGGAAAGAGCAUGGCGGGGAGCAAGAAAAUAGCCCGUCUCCGGAAGUUAUUUCAAAAUGUACAGAAAUCUGUGACACAUCUCAUGGACUCAGGUCAUGUUCAAAAAUCUCCUUAGUGAGCGUGUACCCUGUUAAUGAGCCCAACAAAGUCCAAAAAAUGUAUGUGGUCUUAGAUGACCAAAGCAACCGAUCUCUUGCGAAGACAGCCUUCUUUGAUCUGUUUGGCAUUAGUGCAGUCUCCUCCACUUACACUCUAAGGACUUGUGCAGGAAUAAAGGAGGCAACAGGGAGGAAAGCUCACAAUUUUGUUGUCUCGUCUCUAGAUGGAAAGACUCAUGUACCACUCCCACCUCUUUUAGAAUGCAAUACUAUGCCAGAUGAUCGCUCAGAAAUUCCUACGCCUGACAUUGUGCAACAUUUCCCUCACCUAGCUCCUGUUGCAGGUGAAAUACCACCGAUUGAGCCAGAAACGCCCAUCCUUCUCUUAUUGGGGAGAGAUGUCCUGAGAGUGCACAAAGUACGCGAACAGUACAAUGGUCCACACAACACACCAUAUGCCCAGCGGCUAGAUUUGGGCUGGGUCAUUGUAGGCGAGGUGUGCCUUGGAGGGGUGCACAAACGAACAAAGGUGAACGUCUACAAAACAAAUGUGCUAAACAAUGGGCGCACUUCCUUUCUUGAGCCUUGUCUUAGUACAAUACACGUGAAAGAGAAGUUUAGUGCUCCCAUCCAGCAAACUACAGACCACGCAUCUGACAUCAUACAAACAGCUCCACUCAAACUGACAGACAACCUGGGACUUAAUGUUUUCCAAAGAAAUCCUGAUGAUGACAAAACAGCCUUGUCUAUUGAGGACAAGAUUUUUCUUGAAAUUAUGGACAGAGAAGUUUAUAUGGAUGAUGACAAUCACUGGGUGGCGCCGCUACCAUUCCGUACGCCACGUCCUCUACUUCCCAACAACAGAGAACAGGCCUUAAAGCGACUCACUGUUCUGUUACGGACACUAGAGAAAAGAAAAGACAUGAAAGAGCAAUUCAUUGAAUUCAUGCAGAAAAUCUUUGAUAAUGACCAGGCAGAAGAGGCACCACCACUCGAACCAGGGGAAGAAUGCUGGUACCUACCAACAUUCGGAGUGUACCACCCCCAGAAACCAGGCAAAAUACGAGUUGUUUUUGACUCAAGCGCCUCAUGCAAAGGUAUUUCCCUAAAUGACAUUCUACUUAGGGGGCCUGACUUGAACAACACGCUGCUCGGGGUUCUAUUGCGCUUUCGGCAGGAACAAGUUGCGGUCACUGUAGAUGUGGAGCAGAUGUUUUACUGCUUCAGAGUCAAGCAAAGUCACAGAAAUUAUCUCCGGUUUCUGUGGUUCCAAGAUAAUGACCUUAGCAAAGAAAUCAUGGAGUUUCGCAUGAAGGUGCCAGUUUUUGGGAACAGUCCUUCCCCGGCUAUUGCAAUCUAUGGCCUAAGACGAGCAGCUGAACUUGGGGAAGAAGAGUAUGGCUUCGACACAAAGCAGUUCAUCUUGCGCAAUUUCUAUGUGGAUGAUGGACUGGCCUCUGUGUGCAGUGAAAGCGAAGCCAUUGAGCUCUUAACACGAGCAAGAAGCAUGAUGGCAGAGUCAAAUAUAAGGCUUCACAAAAUAGCCUCGAACGUCAGUCAUGUGAUGAAUGCAUUUCCCCCAGAAGAAAGAGCAGCGGAUCUCAAAGAUUUGGAUUUGGAUGUUGACCCUCUACCUCUUCAGCGAAGCCUCGGAGUUGGCUGGAACCUGGAAAAUGACUGUUUCACCUUUCGAGUUGCUAAAGACAACAAACCCUUUACCCGCAGAGGAAUACUUUCUGUUGUCAACAGCCUCUACGAUCCCCUUGGAUUUGCUUCUCCAGUUACAAUCCAGGGAAAGGCAUUGUACAGAGAGUUAACGGUUGGACAGCAAGAUUGGGAUGAGCCUUUACCAGUGGACCGGGAGGCAGAGUGGUUAAGGUGGACUGACUCACUUACCGCUCUCGAGCAUCUCCAGAUCCACAGGCCAUUUGUUCCAGUUUCAUCAUCACAUGCUCAGAGAAGGGAACUAUGCAUCUUCUCAGAUGCUUCGACAACAGCAAUAGCAGCUGCAGCAUACCUCAGGGUCAUUGACACUGGUAGCCAAUGUCAUGUUGGAUUUAUCAUGGGGAAAUCAAAGUUAGCACCCUCAUCUGCGCACACUAUCCCACGCUUGGAAUUAUGUGCAGCGGUAUUAGCAGUGGAGUUGACUCAAGUGAUUAUGGAGGUAAGCGACAUUCAGUUUGAUACAGUGAACUUCUACACGGACAGCCGAGUAGUUCUAGGCUACAUUCAUAAUGUCACCCGGAGAUUCUACGUGUAUGUGGCCAACAGAGUUGCUCAGAUUCGCAGGAUUACCAAACCAGACCAGUGGCAUUAUGUCACUACUGACCAGAACCCUGCAGAUCAUGGGACGAGAGCUGUAUUAGCAGCCCAACUGCAACAGACCACCUGGCUCUCUGGGCCUCGGUUUCUCACACUAUCUGAGACCGAGUCAAGAGAUCCAGCGCAGAGCGAAGAGACCUUUGACCUUGUGGAACCCUCAACGGAUGUUGAAAUUCGUCCACAAGUGGUUUCCAUAGCAACGAAAAUAGAGGAAAAGGAGCUUGGAUCUCACAGAUUUGCACGUUUCUCAAGCUGGAAGUCUCUGGUAAGAGCAAUCAAAUCCCUCAUUCAUGUUGCAAAGUCGUUCUCUAAAGCUUUGAGCGCCUGUAAAGGUUGGCACAGUUGCAAUCUUGCAAGUACUACAGAAAUCUUACAAGCAAAAACAGCAAUCAUUCAGUGCGUUCAAACUGAGACUUACAAGGAGGAGAUUGAAAGCCUUAAAAAAGGAAAAGACAUCUCGCGCAGUCCUCUUGGAAAACUCGACCCCUUUGUUGAUGGUGGCUUGUUAAGGGUUGGAGGACGCUUACGGGCAGCAGAUCUUUUAGAUGCGGAGAAACACCCCCUGAUAAUUCCAGGUAAUCAUCAUGUAGCCAUUCUCUUAGUUAGACAUUACCACAACCAAGUAGCUCACCAAGGUAGGCAGUUCACUGAAGGUGCUCUGCGCUCAGCAGGACUAUGGAUUGUUGGUGGCAAGAGACUCAUUUCCAGCACACUCCACAAAUGUGUCACAUGUAGGAGACUUAGAGGUCGCUUAGAAGUGCAGAAAAUGGCCAGCUUGCCCUCCAGCAGGCUUGCGGUUGACCCGCCUUUCACUCAUGUAGGCCUGGAUGUUUUUGGGCCUUGGAAUGUCAAGUUCCACCGCACAAGGGCAAAUAACGUUGACUGUAAAAGGUGGGCUGUAAUGUUUACCUGUCUGAGCACCAGGGCCGUCCAUAUAGAGGUCAUAGAGGCAAUGUCGACUUCGAGUUUUAUAAAUGCCUUACGUCGUUUCCUGUCGAUCAGAGGACCUGUCAAACACUUACGGUCAGACCAAGGGACAAACUUCAUUGGCGCCUGUAAAGAGUUGCAAAUCGACAUUCAAGACCCGGAGAUCAAAGGCUAUCUAAGGGACCAAAGCUGCACCUGGACAUUCAACGCCCCACAUUCAUCUCACAUGGGAGGAGUGUGGGAGAGGAUGAUCGGGCUCGUUCGACGCAUCCUUGAUGGCUUGUUACUGCAAACCUCAACCACCCGCCUCACACAUGAGGUUCUGGUCACGCUUAUGGCAGAGGUUAUGGCCAUAAUGAAUGCCAGACCCUUAGUUCCUGUUUCAAACGAUCCUGAAGCACCUGAAGUUCUCUCUCCUGCAAUGCUUCUAACGCAGAAGGCUGGUACUAUUCCAACACCACCUGGAGACUUUGAACUCAAGGACCUUUACAAAGCCCAGUGGCGGCAAGUGCAAGGUCUCGUGGGAUGCUUUUGGAAAAGAUGGAGGCAAGAGUAUCUUGCUACACUGCAGACAAGACGAAAGUGGAAGGGAGAGAAGCAAAAUGUCAAACAAGGUGAUGUUGUUCUAUUGAAAGACAAUCAAGUAAAACGCAAUGAGUGGCCAAUUGGUAUUGUAGUCAAGGCCAUUCCCAGUGAGGACAACAGAGUGAGAAAAGUUGAGGUUAGCAUCGUAAAACAAGGCACUGUUAAAACAUAUCUUAGGCCUGUUACUGAUGUGAUAGUACUUUUGUCUGAAACAAAUGUUUAAAUAAGAGUGGUAUAUUUAUUAAUAUA